CUAAAGGUUUAAGAUAAUUAUAUUAGUAUUUUAUUCAGCGUAUUUAGUUGGUCUAUAUUCGUUAACAUAGAAAACUCGUUGUUUAAACAGGUACAAGUAUUUAGAACUUAUAAAGCGCAGGUACGGUGUUGUUACAAAAUUAUGGAAGUUUCUGGUAAAAGAGUGACGAAAGACAAAAAUGCGAAACUGUGUAGUUUCUGUGAAGAUUAUGAUAUAACAACUUAUGCCGAUGGAUUUUGCGUAGAAUGUGAAGUUAACAUUUGCAAUUCAUGUUUUGUGAAACACAAAGAACGUAAAAAUAAUAGAAAUCAUUCCUUAGUAAAAGUAGAUGAAUCGAAAGCAAUAAAGGUAAGGGUUGACGAUACGAAUGAAACAUGCCAAGAGCACAAUGGAGAAUUUGUGAAAAUCUAUUGUCCAAAUCACGACCAAGUUGGCUGUGCAGAAUGCAUCAUUGUAUACCAUAAUGGAUGCAAGCUGGAACUCAUUCGUGACAAAGCUGCUGCAUAUGAUAACAGUCGAGAAUUUAGAAAUCUUAGAAAGGAGAUGAAUAAAUGCAUGACAGAGGCUGAAUACAGUCUAUCAUUGAUAGAGCGCAACCGAAAACAGCUUACAGAGUUCUAUGAGCAAUUUGUUAGCGAUGUGGAUGCAUUCACAGAUCAUGUAAUUGAACGUAUAAAUAAAAUGAAAAAGAAGGUUUUGAAUCAGGCAAAGGACAUUAUGUUGAAUGACAAGGGGAAAAUGGAAGAAUUACAGAAGGAUAUCGACGGCUUAAUAGCUGAAUUGACACGCCAAAACAUUGAACUGGAGUCAAAAAGUGGCACUCCCAAUAACCUCUUUGUAGCAUCCCAAUUAAUAAAAAGAAGACUGAAAAAGACCCAGCAAAAUUUUGAGAACUUAAGGUACAAAAACCAUGUGACUCAGUAUAAGUUCAUGCAAGACGAAAUUCUAACUGAAUCAGUAACAGAAAACAGGGUAAUUGGAAUGCUCAUUGAACAGUCGUUUAAACGGAGUGAACAUCAUCUACAUGAAUUUAAACAAGCUAAUUCAGCUGAAGAAGGACAUGUUCCUUUACCUCAGCCAUUACUCGACAGACAACUGGUUUGCAAAAAUCUAAAUAUAGAUGGCGAAUGUCUAAGUUUUACGGCAUAUCAAAGUUCUGGCGUUGGAUUGUAUGUGUUCAAGGAGAAUGUGCGAAGUGGAUCAUUCUUUGAAAUUGAGAUAUUAAGCAUGGGUAAAAGCGGAUCAUUAGCUAUUGGUUUAGUGCCGGACGGCUAUCCAGAUAAUCUUCUACCGGGAUUAGGCCACAAUUCGUUUGGAUACCAUUCAGACGGCAAAAUUCAUACAGGAGGCAAUUACGGUCUAAAACGUGGAGAUGCAUGGACAGUCGGCGAUCGAAUCCAGUGCACAUUUGCUGUGUAAGUAUUUAGUUUUUUA